GUAUAUGGAAAUGAGUAGUUUUCAUUUAGAUACCAUUCUUGUUCCCUCGAGCCUCUUCCUUCUAAUAGCUUACCAUGCAUACUUAUGGUGUAUCUUCAAGACCAAACCCUCUCACACCACCAUGGGAAUUGAGUCGAUCAGAAGAAGAAUAUGGUUUCUAGAGAUUGUGCAGGGUGAUGGUGGGAAUGCUAUGUCCGCAGUUCAAAACUUGAGAAACACUCAAAUGGUGGCAAUAUUCACAGCUUCAACAGCAGUUGCCUUGAGCUUGGGUUUGGCAGCUCUGACGAACAAUGCAUACAAUGCAAGCCACCUCAUUGUCAAAACAGCAUUUUUCGGUGUGCAGUCAGGAAGGAUCUUUGCCCUAAAGUAUGGCUUGGCCUCUUUCCUCUUGCUGUUCAGCUCUCUGUGUAGCUCCAUGGCCACUGGAUUUAUGAUCGAUGCCAUUUUUCUACUAAAUACUUCUGCCGAGUUCUCGACUUCAGGAAUAACACUACUCCUGUUUGAACGAGGUUACAUGUUGGCUCAAAUUGGCAACAGGUUGCUUUGUAUCUCCUUUCCCUUGUGUUUAUGGUUGUUUGGUCCAAUGCCAGUGGCCUUGUCAUCCCUCGCCCUAGUUUGGUGGCUUAAAGAGCUUGAUUUUGUUGGCAAAAUCACCCGAAAGUAAUAGGCAAACCUUCGGCAGAAAUUGAUGCUAUAUAU